AUGUACCCAUUACUAAUACUUGCAAUACUUAUUACAUGUUAUGUCCUGUUUCAUACCUAUAUCCUACGACCGUACAUCGCGGGCGGUGUGUGCACAAGCAAAGCGAGAUUGGACGGCAAGACGGCGAUUGUUACUGGAGCAAAUACUGGCAUUGGUAAAGAAACUGCCGCAGAAUUCGCGAGAAGAGGGGCUCGUGUAAUCAUGGCCUGUCGUAAUCUAAACCAAGCCGAAGAAGCAAUGAAGGAAAUUGUCCAAACAACUGGUAAUAGAAGCGUAGUUGUGAAACACUUGGACCUUGCUUCGUUAAAGUCGGUUCGGGCAUUCGCUGAAGACGUAAAAAACGAGGCGAGACUGGACAUCUUAAUUAACAAUGCCGGGGUUUUUAAUCUUCCUGAAUUCUCCAAGACAGAAGACAGCUUUGAAAUGACAAUGGGAGUUAACCAUUUCGGACAUUUCUUACUCACGAAUCUACUCCUUGAUCUUUUAAAGCAAUCACCAUCCUCUCGUGUUGUCGUAGUAUCUUCGGUACUUCAUCGUGGACAGCCUACUCGAAAGGCACCUGGCUUGAAUUUUGAGAACAUGAAUAGCGAGAUAUCCUAUAACGGAUUCAUGGCUUAUGCUCAAAGCAAACUUGCAAAUAUUUUGUUUACAAGAGAGUUGGCAAGACGUUUAGAAGGCACGGGAGUGACAGUGAAUUCGCUUCAUCCUGGUAAAAUUUCGACAGAUAUUCGAAGGCAUUUCUCACCAUGGAAGAAAUUUACAUGGAAUGUGUUGUUCAGGCAUUUCGGAAAGUCGGUAGAAGAAGGGGCUCAAACUCAGGUUCAUCUCGCAGUGUCUGAAGAAUUAGAGGGAGUUAGUGGUUUGUAUUUUUCCGACUGUAAAGAAGACGAGCCUUCGAAACAUGCGCAAGAUGAUGUCGCAGCCAAGAAAUUGUGGGAAGUUAGUGCUAAACUCGUCGGGCUGGAAGUGACGUCACGUUGGAACAUAGGGAUAACUAUGAAAAUGGCUAAAGAAAAUCACGUUAUCCCGCGUAUAAAGUCGAAGCCAAGCUGUUUCAACACGGGCAAACUUGAAUCCUUUGUCAGAUUUGGAUCGAGCUUUGCGUGA